CCCGCCGCCGAGUUACACAACCAGUCAGGGCAGAUCGCGCUGCAAAUGUGACUUUCCCCAAGUCAGCCGAGCUCCGGGCAGCCCGCAGCAGCCCAGCCCUGGCCCCGGCCCCGGCCCCGGCCGAGCCCCUGCCCCUGCUCUGGACGCUUCGCUGCAGCGGUGGCUGGAAGAGACUCGCAUGACAUGUUUCCUCUGGGCAGUGGCACUGGGUGGCGUGUGGUGACCCCCGAGGCUGGGAGAGCACCGCCCGGGAGCUCCUCCGCCGGUGGCAACGCAUCCUCCUCCUAGACGGGAACCCUGUGUUGUGUAAACGAGCUGAUGGAUGAAGAUGAGAAGGACAGGGCAAAGAGGGCAUCACGCAACAAAUCUGAAAAGAAAAGGCGAGAUCAGUUCAAUGUCCUCAUCAAAGAGCUCUGCACGAUGCUGCAGGGUCAUGGCCACCCUCUCAAGAUGGACAAGUCCACAAUAUUGCAGAGGACCAUUGACUUCUUACAGAAACAGAAAGAAAUCACAGCACAGACCGAGGCCGGUGAGAUUAGACAAGACUGGAAGCCUUCGUUUCUUAGCAAUGAGGAGUUCACCCAGUUGAUGUUAGAGGCAUUAGAUGGAUUUCUCAUUGCACUUACCACUGACGGGAUUAUUAUUUAUGUAUCUGAUAGUGUCUCCUCUCUUCUUGGACAUUUACCGUCAGAUUUGGUGGACCAAAAUAUAUUAAACUUUCUGCCUGAGCGGGAACAGAGUGACGUAUACAAGCUCCUUUCUCCACAUGUGCUCAUGACAGAUCCUGUUGCAGCUGAUUUUCUAAACACUGAAAAGCAAAUAGAGUUUUGCUGCCAUUUAGCAAGAGGAAGCUUAGAUCCAAAUGAGCCCCUAACAUAUGAAUAUGUGAAAUUUGUAGUGGAUUUUAAAUAUUUUACUCAUGUGCCUACACCCUCCUGCAAUGGCUUUGAAUCCGCUAUUGCAAGAGCAUUCAGGUCAGCCACAGAAGAGCAGAUUUGCCUUGUCGCAACUGUUCGUCUUGUUACGCCGCAGUUUUUAAAGGAGCUGUGCAACAUUGAAGAGCCAUGUGAAGAAUUCACAUCGAGACACAGUUUGGAGUGGAAGUUUUUAUUCUUGGACCACAGGGCCCCACCUAUUAUAGGUUAUUUACCCUUUGAGGUUCUGGGAACGUCAGGUUAUGAUUAUUACCACGCUGAUGACCUGGAGCUUCUCGCUAGGUGCCAUGAACACUUGAUGCAAUUUGGAAAAGGAAAGUCCUGUUACUACAGAUUCUUGACCAAAGGCCAACAAUGGAUAUGGUUGCAAACGCACUAUUACAUCACGUACCACCAGUGGAACUCCAAACCUGAGUUCAUUGUUUGUACACACCUUGUAGUUAGUUAUGCAGAGGUUCGAGCUGAAAGAAGGAGAGAUCUUGGCCUUGAGGAGUCAUCAAUCGAACUGGCCUCUUCUUCUUUGAAGAGUCACAAUAGUUACCUAGACAUCAGGCAAUGUGGAAACAACCAAGAAACCAGCAGGGACAGAGUGUCUGUAUCCUCGCCUAGCUCCCGGCGAUCUUCACACACCGCACUCUCCGACUCAGCAUCCACAUCAUCCAUGCGGCACACAGAGGCCAGCACUCCCACCAGGCAAUCAGUGCCGAUGGGUCAGCAGGAGAAGGCGUCUCUGAGGCUGGCCUCGAGCGGGAGCGCACAGGCAAUAGUAACUCCUCAGGCAUCCGCUGAACAUCUCACUCAGCACCAUGUGGCCCAGCCAACAAUUCCCUCGCAGCAAGCUGUGAUGCCAGUGUACCACUUCCCAGCCCAGUUAGGGAUGAUGCAUCAACUAAAAGAACAGCUGGAGGAGAGGACGCGCAUACUGCAAGCUGACAUCAAGACACAGCAAGAAGAGCUCCAUGUUAUCAAAGAGCAGCUCCAACUAGUGCAAGAUUCCAAUCUGCAGAUGCUGAUGCAACAACCUAUGCCCUUAGUCUUUAACAACGUACAACAACAGAGCCCAAGAAGGCCAUCCCAACCACAGCAGCCUGGGGCAACCAGGCAGACCACAGCCAAGAAGUCUCAGCAGCAAGGCCUUAUGGGAUCCAAACACUAUAGUGCCCCACACUUACCGUCACCACAUCAAUUCCUCAGGGAACCUUGUGUCACUUCCUCACAGGUACAGCAGCAGCAGCAGCACUUAAUGAGAGGCAGCCAGGCCCAGCAAACAUGUCUGCCAGCGCAGACAAGCAUUUCGAUGCCCCUCUACAACAGCCCCAUGGUGUUUUCCCAAACUCAGCCCAUCACUGUCUCUGCUCAGAUGCCGACGGAAAUGAGCGAAAGGCAACAACCGUCUGACUACAGCCAAGAUAGGAGUCUAAGAAUGUUGUUAGAUCAGCCGGUCCAAGCCUUGAUGCCCAGUGCUAAUGGCAGUAAUCAGUCAUCACAAAACAGUGCUGGCAGACAGCAAGCAAAAUUUGUUCCAGAACAGCAGAUGCUGCUUCCCGCAUUACAGAUGCAGCCAAUUACAUGUAGCACAGUCAGGGCUCCUGCCCCUUCUCCUGUAUUUACCCCUUCGGUCAUGAUUCCACAGGCCAACUUCACCUCCCACCAGACGCAACCUCCAGUUCAUCUCCACCAAUGGCCACCCCAACAACAGGUUCAGCAGCAACAUCUCUACCUGCAGGUGUUCAAGACUGGUGGAGGCUGGUGGAAUGUUUACGGCCAAUAUUGUACUGCUGCUGUGGAUCUAAACCUCUCACACUCAGCUUCUGAAGGAGAAAAGGGAAGUCAACUCCAAGGAAGAGAAAUGACGGAGUUUCCUAAAGGAAAUGUGCUGUUUAGAUCCCCAGCAAUUUGGACUCGCCUCUUUUUGCAUGGGACUUCAGAAAUGGAGAAGUGAAACCUCAAGAAGAUUAUGGAUUUAAAUGUUAAACUCCUUGGGGCAGUGAGUCUUCCUUUGUUUCUGAGCAUAGUGAUAAGCAUGCAGUCAGCAGUUAAACAAAAAGAAAACCUAACGACGAUUAGGCUUCUGGUGUGCUGAAACCACUACCUAUCAUGCUGACCAGUAUUUUCUCAUUGUUCCUUGUGUUUUCCAUCUGUCUGUAUCUACCCGCUGUCUCCUGUCUUAAGGCUGUAAGCUCCUUGGGUCUUUUUGUUCUGUGUGUUUGUACAGCACCCACCUCCAUAUCCCAUGACUGGGGCUCCUAGAUGCUACCAUAAUACAAAUAAACAAACACAUGAAAUGAUAACUAAGUACUGCUUAUUGUGGUAUUCCACAGAAUCUAGCCAUUGACCAACUUUUCAACCUGAGGCAACACAUGGUGAUACAGAAAA